AUGAAGACUUUCUAUCAGCUCUGCAUUCUCAUUGGCCUGGUGAUCAAGACUCACUCAGGUCCAGUACCGCCAUCUAUUGGCGAGGACGAGGAGGAACUGGCAAAGAAUUACCUGAAGAAGUUGUACAACAUGAAAGAGGAGCACACACGGUCCGCUCGGUCCACUGACCACUCAGUCAGCGAGAUGAGUGAGAAGCUGAGUGAGAUGCAGGAGUUUUUUGGGCUGGAAGUGACCGGAACUCUUGAUGCUGAAACGUUGGAGGUGAUGAAGAAGCCUCGCUGUGGGGUUUCAGAUGUGGCUGGCUAUAAUGAUGCUACUGGAAGCUACAAAUGGACAAAAAAACAGCUGACCUACAGGAUUGAGAACUACACUCCUGACAUGUCUCAGGCUGAAGUGGACAGUUCUAUUGAGAGAGCUUUAAAAGUCUGGGCUGACGUCACUCCCCUCAGGUUCAUUCGCAUUUACAGUGGUGUAGCCGACAUCAUGAUCUCCUUCGCUGUCAGAGAUCAUGGCGAUGGCUCCCCAUUUGAAGGAGAAGGUGGUUUCUUGGCUCACGCCUUUGUCCCUAGUCCUGCCAUUGGUGGAGACGCCCAUUUUGAUGAUGAUGAGACCUUUACCUUCUCUUCUCCUAAAGGAUACAACCUGUUCCUGGUGGCUGCCCAUGAAUUCGGACACUCCUUGGGCCUUGACCAUUCCAGGGAUCCUGGUGCUCUGAUGCAUCCGAUGUACAGCUUCAGAGAUGUUGAGAACUUUCUUCUGCCCCAAGACGAUGUCAAUGGAAUUCAGGCUGUCUAUGGUCCAAACCCUGAUAAACCUGUCGACCCUGAGAGGCCUGUCCCCACUCCUCCAGUCACCCCUAAUGCCUGCGACCCUAACCUGGUCCUGGAUGCAGUUACGAUGCUGCGAGGAGAGAUGAUCUUCUUCAAGAAAGGCCUCUUCUGGCGUAAAAGUUCUGAGUCUGAGCAACAUCUGAUCAAGAGCUUCUGGCCUGAGGCUCCAGAUAAUAUUGAUGCCGCUUAUGAAAGUCCGUCAGAUGACUUGGUGUAUCUCUUUAAAGGUCAGAAGGUCUGGGCCCUCUACGGUUAUGAUAUUGCAAAGGGGUUUCCUAAGACCCUCAGCAGCAUGGGCCUGCCCCCUAAAGUGAAGAAGAUUAGUGCUGCCCUUUAUGACCAGGAGACUGGAAAGACUCUGUUUUUUGUUAAUGACCAUUACUACAGCUAUGAUGAGACCACAAAGAAGAUGGACAAAGGUUACCCUAAACAGGUGGAAGACGGCUUCCCAGGAAUGACCGGAAAGGUUACUGCAGCUUUCCAGUACAGGGAUUUCACGUACCUCUUCAGUGGACCACGCAUGUUUGAAUUCUCCUACGGAACACUCCUACGUGUGCUUAAUAACAACUACUUCUUGCCCUGCUAA